ACAUGGCUGAGGAUCAGGUGACUCCAGAGCAGCUAGCAGCCAUCGCCGCCGAAAAUGAGACGCCAGAGCCUGUGAACUACAAGGCACCGGCUCAGAAGUCGGUGAAGGAGAUCCACGAGCUGGAUAAGGACGAUGAGAGUCUACGCAAAUAUAAAGAAACCCUGCUUGGCUCUGGGGUCACUGAGGCUGAUCCCUCUGUUCCCAAUGUUCAAGUGACCCGGAUGUCCCUUGUCUGUGAAACUGCCCCCAACCCUCUGAUCCUGGACCUGCAAGGAGACCUGGAAGCCUUUAAGAAGCAGGCCUUCGUUCUGAAGGAGGGAGUUGAAUACAAAAUAAAGAUCAGCUUUAAG